AUGACCUAUCAAAACAAAAAAAUCUAAUUGAAUGUCUAUUCAAUAAGUGGAUCUAAAUUUAUUGAUGAAAUCCAAAAACGAAAAGAUAUUGAAUUUGUAUUGGAAUAAAGAAGAUUUACUUGCAUUAAGCCCAAAUUGAUUGUCUAUUGUGAUGACAUUAACAAAAAUGCAACCAUCCCACUGCCAAAUUUAAAAAUGUCCUAAUUGCUUUAAUCGAACUUUUAAGAGAUCGAUAAUUAUGUAUUCAACAUAUUAAUCUAGAUGUCUGAAAUUGAUGAACUUUCGAACUUUGUAAUCCCACAAAAAAUGUUUCCAGUUUCGAUGCAACCUGCCAAAUUUAACCAAAAAAGAAAAAAUCAUUAAGAAAAUCGUGUACCAUGAAGAAUCCUUAUAUUAAAUAGCAUUCAUACC